CAUUGCUGCAAACUGCAAUCACAUGAGAACACAUGAAACAUAAAUUAUAAUUUCUUCACAACUGUUCUGACGAGUAACUUCUGCCGAAUUUUUGUUACUUUUAUGUGUAUACGUGCCUUUUGCAUUCUGUGGGGUAAUGGAAUAUUUUGGAACUGAAACUGUCCAGGAACAGUAAAGUAAGGACAUUUGAAGACACGCAUGCGCGAACCAUUUCUUGAUAUUUCCUCACGUGCAGAUUCUCGUUCAGUGUGUCAAAUCCACGCUCAAAGAAGUCUGUGCUCAACAUUACAAGGUCUCUCACAUAAAUGGCUUUCAGGAAAUUCCUUCCCAUGUUUGACCGGGUGCUGGUGGAGCGUCUGGCUGCAGAGACUAUGUCGAAGGGGGGCAUCAUGUUGCCAGAGAAGGCCCAAGGCAAGGUUCUGCAGGCCACAGUGGUGGCAGUGGGACCAGGCUCCACAAACCAGGAUUUCUACAAUUGGCCAGAUGAAUCCUUUGAGGAAAUGGACAGCACUCUGGCUGUACAACAGUACAUUCAGCAGAACAUCCGGGCAGACUGCUCUAACAUCGAUAAGAUCCUGGAGCCUCCAGAGGGACAGGACGAGGGAGUGUGGAAGUACGAGCACCUCAGGCAAUUCUGUCUGGAGCUGAAUGGACUAGCUGUGAAACUGCAGAGUGAGUGCCACCCAGACACCUGCACGCAGAUGACUGCCACAGAGCAGUGGAUCUUCCUAUGUGCUGCACACAAGACCCCCAAAGAGUGUCCUGCCAUUGACUACACUAGGCACACGCUGGACGGAGCUGCCUGUCUUCUCAACAGCAACAAGUAUUUCCCCAGCCGUGUGAGCAUCAAGGAGUCCUCUGUAGCCAAGCUGGGCUCUGUGUGUCGCCGUAUCUAUAGGAUAUUCUCUCAUGCCUAUUUCCACCAUCGCCAGAUAUUCGACAAGUAUGAGAAUGAGACGUUCCUGUGCCAUCGGUUCACGCGCUUCGUGAUGAAGUACAACCUGAUGUCCAAGGACAACCUGAUCGUUCCUAUCCUGGAAGAGGAGGUCCAGAACGCUUCAGCCGGGGAGAGCGAGGCCUGAGAAGAGAGCUGCACACAGGAGACCAGACGUGGGUUCAAAUACUAGUAUUCAAAUACUGCUUGAUUGAGCUUGCCUGUUGCAAUGGAACCAAGAGAAGAGUCCCACAUGUGCAAAUCCCACCCAUCUGGCACUCUAGGCAGGCUAAAGCAAAUGCUCAAAGUAUUUGAAAGAUUUCAAAUAGUAUUUGAACCAAUGAUUUUUAUAUACACUAGACUGACAGGGGGUGCUGUUUUGAAGCCACCGCGCCUCCCAUCAUGGCACCAUUGUAAAAAAAAAUGUCUACAAUUGUUUUUGCCACAUUUACUCUAGACAGCUACAUGCAUAAUUUGUAAUUGUGUGAGCUAAAUGUAAUUUUUUUUUUUAAAUGUAAAUGUCCUUAAAAGUACUAAUGUUACUGGCCCCGCUACAACAACAAACAAUACUUAAAUGUAAUUUUGUCCUUGAAACAUUCAAGUGGAAUUCCUUUAAUUCCUAUGGAGGACUGCCAAUAUGGCCGAACGGUGGCUUCAAAGCCUCUCAUUAGCCAAUGCAUAGCAUCAGCAAUCCAGAGUUUAUAUACUUCAUUGAUUUGAACCCAGGUCUGAAACAGCUACACACUACAGACAGGCUCUCACUACUCUGUGGGGAAUUUUGCUUUAACAUUUUGAGCACCUGGAUUUGCUAAACCUACAUAAAACCAUAAUGUGUUGAUGACAAAGGCACACACUCAUGGGCUCCCUGUAUAUAACCCCUGCUCUCCCAUGUCCCUCCAUCUCUACUAUCAUUUUUUUCCUGGUGCUUUACAUUUGCAUUCUCUCUGUUGCCUUUGUUCUUUCUCGCUGAAUUGUAAAUGGACCCCUAGCCACUCCUGUAGAUCUGAGAGGAUUGGUGGGAAAAAUAUGCAGACAUUUCCAUGCAGCCCAUUGGAAGGCAAGAUGAAGCUAUGACCAUAAUAAUGUUUCCAAUCUGCUCAAAUGUACAGCUGUGCGUAGGGUUUAGAGGCUAUGGAUCCAUUUGUGGUUCAGAAUCUCUGCUUUUGUUGCUCUGAGUACAUACCUCCACCAUUUACCCUCCCCCUCAUCAUUAAGUUAUUUUGUGAGUGGAGUCUUGUCUAUCUGCCCCACUUUUUAAUUUUCCUUUUUUAAUGAACUGAAUUUUGUUACAUUUUCAUGUCUGUUAAUAAAAAAAGACUGUUACCCAA